AUGGAUAUGCACAUUAAACCAAGAAACAAAACAAGCGGAAGAAAAAUCGUAGAAUUGUCUAAUACCAAAAAAAUGUGAAAAGAGCCACCGCAAGAGAUUGUGUGGAGGAAUGUCAUCCUGAUGGCCCUGCUCCAUGUCGGCGCGGUCUAUUCCCUGGUCCUCAUCCCCAAGAGCCAUCUCUUCACUCUCAUCUGGGCUUACUUGUGUUUCCUAGUGACGGCCCUGGGAGUGACAGCAGGGGCCCACCGCCUGUGGAGUCACAGAUCCUAUAAAGCCAAACUGCCUUUGCGGAUAUUCCUGGCUGUGGCCAAUUCUAUGGCCUUUCAGAAUGAUAUUUUCGAAUGGUGCCGAGACCAUCGAGUGCACCACAAGUACUCAGAGACGGAUGCCGACCCCCACAAUGCCAAGCGUGGAUUCUUCUUCUCCCACAUUGGCUGGCUCUUUGUUCGGAAGCACCGAGACGUCAUAGAGAAAGGGAGGAAACUGGACUUCAGUGACCUGCUGGACGACCCUGUUGUUCGGUUUCAACGGAAGCACUAUAAGAUUUCAGUAGCUCUGAUGUGCUUUGUUGUUCCUACUCUUGUGCCUUGGUACUUCUGGGGGGAGACCUUGUGGAAUUCCUACUUUGUCGCCUCGAUCCUCCGCUAUACCAUCUCACUCAACGUCUCUUGGCUGGUCAACAGUGUGGCUCACAUGUAUGGCAAUCGGCCAUAUGACAAGAACAUCAACCCUAGGGAGAAUGCGCUUGUCACUGUAGGGGCCAUUGGUGAAGGUUUUCACAAUUACCACCACACCUUUCCAUUUGAUUAUUCAGCUAGUGAGUUUGGCUUGAAAUUCAACCCAACCACAUGGUUCAUUGACUUCAUGUUUUGGUUGGGUUUGGUCACCGAACGAAAGCAGGCGCCCAGGGAGCUGAUCCAAGCCCGCAAAGAGAGGACGGGAGAUGGCAGUUCUUGA